GGGGGCGUGUCCGCCCGGGCGCGGCCCAGUGAGGCGGUGGCCGAGUCCUCUGGCCUCAGACGCCUAGGCUGGCAGCCCGCUGAGCCCGCCAGACUCCGCCGCCGUCGGGAGCCGGCCGCUGGGAUCCCGUCCCUAUGGGACCGCGCUGAGCCGCCCGCUGGCGGGGGAGCAGCGCGGUCGAGGAUGGAGGGGCCGGCAGAGUGGGGCCCCGAGGCGGCGCUGGGCCCCGAGGCGGUGCUGCGCUUCCUGGCGGAGCGCGGGGGCCGGGCCCUGCACGCCGAGCUGGUGCAGCACUUCAGGGGCGCCCUGGGCGGCGAACCGGAGCAGCGCGCCCGCGCCCGCGCGCACUUCAAGGAGCUGGUGAACGCCGUGGCCACUGUGCGCGUCGAUCCCGCCGACGGCGCCAAGUACGUGCACCUCAAGAAGAGGUUCUGUGAAGGGCCGUCCGAGCCCUCCGGGGACCCGCCGCGAAUCCAGGUGACCGCCGAGCCCGAGGCCCCCGACGGCCCUGCCGGGCCCGAGGCGCGCGAUCGGCUCCCCGACGCAGCGGCCCCGGAGUCGCUCCCUGGACAGGGCCGCGAGCUGGGCGAGGGAGAGCCCCCCGCCGCCGCGCACUGGCCGCCCCUGAGCGCCGGGGCUCGCAGGAAGAACUCGCGGCGCGACGUGCAGCCCCUACCGCGGACUCCAGCCCCGGGGCCCAGCGAGGACCUGGAGCUCCCGCCACAUGGCUGCGAGGAGGCGGACAGGGGCAGCUCCCUUGUGGGGGCUACAGCACAGAGGCCGGCCCGCCAGAACCUCCGUGACCUGGUGAUGGGCAGCUCCCCGCAGCUGAAGAGGAGCGUGUGUCCCGGGGGCAGCAGCCCGGGCAGCUCCUCCGGGGGAGGACGCGGCAGAGGCGGGGGCGACUCAGACAGCGCUUCGGUGGCCUCGUCGUCCGCGGAGGAGGAGAGCAGCGGCGGAGGCUCCGUGACGCUGGACCCCUUGGAGCACGCGUGGAUGCUCUCUGCCUCCGAUGGCAAGUGGGACAGCCUGGAGGGCUUGCUCACCUGCGAGCCGGGCCUGCUGGUCAAGCGGGACUUCAUUACCGGCUUCACUUGCCUGCAUUGGGCCGCCAAGCACGGCAGGCAGGAGCUUCUGGCCAUGCUAGUCAACUUCGCCAACAAACACCAGCUGCCGGUGAACAUCAACGCCAGGACGAGCGGGGGUUACACCGCCCUGCACUUGGCAGCCAUGCACGGCCACGUGGAGGUGGUGAAGCUGCUGGUGGGGGCCUACGACGCCGAUGUGGACAUCAGGGACUACAGUGGGAAAAAGGCCUCCCAGUACCUGAGUCAGAGCAUCGCCGAGGAGAUCAAGAACCUGGUGGGAGCCCUGGACGAGGGUGACGGGGAAAGCGCCGCGGGUAGCGGCGGUGGGCGCUGGAGGCUUUCAAAGGUGCUUCCCUCGCAUCUCAUCACCUACAAACUCUCACACGCCCUAGAAGAUGGAGGAGACCAUCACCACCACCACCAUCACCAUCACCACUCGGCUGAGGGCUGGGUCGGAGGCAAAGCCAAGGAUCCAGGGCGCAAAGCCUCGGGCAGCUCUAGUGGACGUAUAAAACCCAGACUCAACAAAAUCCGAUUCAGAACCCAGAUUGUCCACACCACACCCUGUUUCAGGGACCCAGAACAGCCACUGGAGGACAGGGGGGAGGAGGGAGUGGAGGAGGAACGGUCUGGUAAAGGCCACUCGUCCUUCAAAUUGAGACCAAAGUCCAAUGUGUUUGGGUAAAAAUUGUUGCUUUUAGAAAAUGCAAAGGUGUAUUUGUCUUAAUAAAUUGAAUACUAGGUGUUGUAAGGAAAUGAGACCAGAAAGACAAGCUAAAUUAUGCAUUCUUACUUGAGGGAUUGGAGUGGAUGGGGCGGAGUUCUCUUCAGGCUAGCCUUCUGGGGAAAGUGGAUUUCGUUUUAAGAGGUUCAUCAUACCUUGACCUGUGCCUCUUCUCUGCCCUCCACUUCCCUGCCCUGGAGUCCGUUUCUGGAGACUAGAAGUGUAUCUAAAUUGGGGGAACAGAAUGAAUGAAUGAAUGAGAGUUCCUUUGCUUUAACCAUUCCUGGAUGCCUGCAAAGUAAGGAAUAAUGCAGUUUUUAUGUAUCUGAUUUUAUAAGGGGUUACUCUUUCAAGAGUAACAAAAAAAUGCAAACUGUAAUGAAACUACAUUGUAUUUCUAAGUGUGAAAACGACAGGCUGCCCCGUUUUUACUAAUUGCAUUUGCAUUUUAAGGUACUACUGAAGGUCAGAUCAAAGUUGAAAUGCAAAAAUACUAAUUAGAGAAUAAUGUGAAUAAAAUGGGAAUCCUCUUGGUAUUUUAUGUGUAUUGUAAGUAGCAGUUAAUUUUUUUAAAAGCAAUUUCAGUUUUAAUCACUGAACAAAAGAAACAGGCAACAUUCACUUCUGUAGUAUGGUUUCCACCUAUCUCUAACACCACUAUUAAGGUACACCAGUGUUAAGGUACAUUAAUAACUACACAAAAUUUUAUUUAAAGAGAGCACUUAGCAGCCUAUGAUAGUUUUCAAUAAAAUGUUGCCUCUCGUUCGGAUUCUCACUAACUUUUUUUACUAUUCUAAAAGUUUGAAUUUGCUGGGGUGUUUAUUCUGAGGAUUAUUUAACCAUUGUUCUAUUUGGCAUAACCCUAUUUAAUGGUGCUUAGAGCUGAAUUACCUACAGAAACUGUUUCUGGUUUAAAUAAUCAGCACAAAUUGGCCUAAGUAUUCAUGAGCCCAUGUUUCUGUGAAGUAAUUAUUAAACCAACUUAAUGAUUCUUACGUAAGGUACACUUUUUAUUUUAAUACAUUGGUAGUCUCUAUGACGUAGCAAUGUUUUACAAAUGUUUAAAAUGCUAAACUUAAUUUUCCAACCUUUUCUUGACAAUUAGAUACCUAUCCUGUAGUUACUGAAAAUCUGGGUAGUAAAUCUACCCAGUUAAAAUGGCACUUUAUAAAAGGGAAUAGAGAAGAGAUGGGACUAUUUCUAUAUUUAAAUGCUGCUGGCUAUUCCUUUGUAUAUAAAUGAAAAAUACCAUUCAUUAAAAUUAAGUACUUGUUUAAGUAUGGUUCUUAAUUACAUUUCAUUCAUUUAUAUUAGAGUAAAUGGCUUCAUAAUUACUUUAAAAUUUAACCCACAAGCAUAUUAAAUCUGUUUGUUAUAAGAUUGGAAACAAUUUUUGAGAGGGACUAAUUUAAACAAGUCCUCCUUUAGUCUUUUGGGUCGCGUAGUUGCUGAAACCUAAGUACCUGCAGCCUACAGGAUAAGGAAGUUCACAGCCUGCGGGGUGAAUGAACCCAUGUGUGAACUGCACAGAGCAAUUCAUAGAAAAUGCAUAGAAAUUUGUAAUACUUUGGUCACAUCUGUCUCUAGAUGGUCAUUGAAUUUGUUUAAAGAUGGAUGAAAGGCCGGGCAUGGUGGCUCAUGCCUGUAAUCCCAGCACUUUGGGAGGCCGAGGCAGGUGGAUCACUUGAGGCCAGGAGUUUGAAACCAGCCUGGCCAACAUGGUGAAAACCUGUCUCUACUAAAAAUACAAAAAUUAGCCGAGCGUGAUGGUGCGUGCCUGUAGUCCCAGCUACUUAGGAGGCUGAGGCAUGAGAAUCACUUAAACCUGAGAGGCGGAGGUUGCAAUUGAGCCAAGAUCACGACACUGCACUCCAGCCUGGGCAACGGAGACUCUGUCUCAAAAAAAAAAAAAAAAAAAAAAAAGAUGAAUGAAAAUAUGAAAUAUAUAAACUAGUAUCCAUUUGUUUGCAUUUAUUGUGGGAUUUCAGAUAUGAACGGUGUAAAUUUGAGAAGCACUUAUGCAUACAUUUGGGUGAAAAACCAAUCUAAUUUCGUAUAAAUAAAAACAGGCUCCUGGAAGGUGAAAAGUAGUCAUUUGUUCUAAAUCUAUACAUAUUACUUGUAUCUAGUGCAGAAUAAGCUAUAACAUCCCAUUGAGGAAUCUUAAAUUUCAUAGACAUGUAAAGCUGAAGUAACUCUACAGAGUAGAUGCUUCAGAACCAUCAGAAGAUUCUGGUCAACAGUCAGUAUUAUCUCUUAAAUGUAUAUGUUGGUCACUAACUGCACAAAAUCUAUAAUUUGCCAGGGCUUUAGAGAUUGAGUCAAUAUGUCAUUUACCAUGGUUUUCCCACUAAAGGCUUUAACUUUUCUGAUAAAAUAAUAUUUUAAAUUUUCAAAAACCCAUUCCUGAGGAGAACUACUUCUAGCAUUCCUUUUCAUGAUGUGCUUGUGUGCAGUAAGUAGCAUUUUCGGCUACUUAACCCUACAUUCCUCUUAUUUUUCAGUUUCCAGUCAAGAUUAUAAAAAGCAAAUGAUUGAUAUAAUUUGAUAUUCAUAGAGUUGUGCCUACCUUUAAUGGAAAAAUAUGUGUCAGAUACUUAGAUGUUUAUUGAUAUGAGACUAUGUGGUUAAAAAACCCAAGUAUGUCCAUGUGUUUCUUAUAAGGUACACUUGAAACUAGUGAGUGUUUGUCACAUUUCACUUUCAUGGUAUGUAAAAUGCAGUUCGCAUAUAUAACUUGAAUAUCUGGUACUAGUUUUUUCACGCCUGCAAUCUUGGAGUCUAGGUUGCCUUGUCUCUCCUAUUUUUAAAUAAGUGAAAUUUGGGAGAUUGUAAAAUCUGUAAAGUUUGUUUUGUCAAAAUAAAAUGUUCACAGUAGAAUUUUUCUCUGAA